UGAAUUUUUCUUGGUUUUUGUUUUUCUUUUGAACUUAAAAAUGUGAUAAACUGAUAAUGAUAACUAUAGUUUAAAUUUUAAUGUUAUUUUUUCUGAGUUUUUAUUAUUUGUUGGUUAAUUGAAUAUGAUAUAAUAAUCAAUUUGGAGUUUUUGUAUGUUCUUAUUAAAAAACUUAUAAAAAGUUAAGUAUUAUUUAUUCAUUACAACGAAACUAAUACCGCUGUUCAAAAGUGCCUCUUCCAUGUUAAAACUGCCCCAAACAUGGGGCACUUUUGAACAUAAGAGCCUAUAUUUUUAAAACAUCAACAUUCAAUAUAAAUAAUUUGUUUAACUAACCAAAUGUUCUUUGAAAUCGAAGUUCAAUGUUACUGUUCAAUGUUAGUAAACUUUACAGAUCAAGAAAACGAACAUUUCGUUCAAUCAGUGGCGAAAGCAAAAAGUGUUCAAAUGUACCCCACUCUCCCCUACAUCAAAAUGCUUUUAUUUUUUUACUCAAGGCUGAGUGUACCACUACAUAAACGUCUCAACGUUUACAAAUUGGUGGAUAACUUUCAUAUUUCUGAAGAUAAUUGAAUGAAAUAAAUUUCACUAUUUAGUUAAAAAACGAGGUUUAAAAUAUUCGACCUUAUAAUUUCUAAAUUUGAACAAUUGUAAUUUAUACACAGACGCCCACUCCGCACAGGGGGCAAUUGAAAUUUUCGUUUUUUCAAAAAUCUAUAAUUCUUGUUUUGUUUUGUGUUUGUUUGUAAGUCAGACUAAAAAAAAUUAUUUUUUUAAAUUCUAUUUUGGAAUAAGAUUGAAAAAAAGUAAAGAGUAAGGGCCGUUUGCUGAAUCGAAACUUAAAUAAUAAUUAAUGUUGAACAUAAACUCUUACUCUCUACUUUUUCCUCUGCGUAAACUGUCACAAGGAUUUAUGUUUAACUUACAUGCUUAAGUUUUGAUUCAGCAAACGGCUCUAAAGCUAUUUUUAAAAUCUUAAACUUUUUAUUGUAAAAAAAAAUGAAUCUCAACUGAUGCUAUUUUUUUACCUUGCAAUGUUUGAACAGGUGUAACUUUUGCAGUUAUUAUAAUUCAUCGAAAUAAAAAGAAAUAAGUAGCUGAUAUGAAGACAGAGUUCAUCGAACCAUCUCCAUAUACAGGAACCGAGCCUGUCUUCAAUGUAAAGAGCAAUCUAGAUGCUCAGGUACCUCAAGGUCCAAGCUCUAUGAUUAAGGAAGAGGACAACGUCAACAAAGCCCAGAAGAAAGAUUAUUUCACUGGGGCACAAAGGCGACGUAUAGCUGCGCAGAUCAGGGACGGCAUUGAGCCCGAAGAAGCAAGGCGCAGGGAAAAAGCUAGAUAUGCAAAAGUAAAAGCAGACAAGACGUCAGGCAUAUUAUUGCAGGAAAGACAGAAGGGCAAAAGGGAACGGUCAGCUGAUAACUCACUUGCUCAGCUUCGUGGUCUCGUGGAGAUCAGACCCAGCCCAAGCAAUAGCAAACAAGACAAACCCAGCAAUGCCGCCAAAACUGUAUCCAACCCUGGAAAAGAAGAUGCCCAGUUGCGACCAAGCACAUCAGGGGGCUUCUAUCAGGAUGCCACAGCCCAAUGUAAGGUCGCGAUUAUGCACUUGCUACAUCCGUUACAAAAACUUACUGAGCGUCAAAUCAAACUGAUCAGAAAGAGCGUUCUGGAAGAGAUAGACAAAACAGAUAGAAACUGUCCAGCAAUUAAGUUUGUGGCCGUCUCGGACAGAGACGGAUGGCUUUCAUUUACCUGCCACGACACAGAGACCAAGAAAUGGCUCAUGUCUACAGCAGAGAAAAUAAAGCCAUGGAAGGACACAAAACUACGUGUGACUCAGGGCAACUAUAUACCCAAGCAACACGUUUGCUUCACAUAUGUCCCGGAAGACGAUAUCCUCUCCAAGGACAUAUUUCUAAAUCGGCUUGGAAAACAAAACACCGAUCUAAAAACCAAAUGCUGGAGAGUUCUCCGAAUCGUCAAGGAAAGAAGAGGCGGAUACCACGUCACUUUCUCCGUCGAUGAGAAAUCCAAGGACUACAUUCUGAAGUCCAAAUGCAAACUGUUCUUGAACUUCUCUCAGAUCCAAAUUAGGAUCAAGGGAGGUUCAAGACAGGAAAAGGCGUAAGGGCCUUAUAACACCACAGGAAGCCAACAAAGAUGCUCCUGAAAUCACUGGGUCAACGGUAUAGGUUACCAACCCCAGGAAGUCUAAGACGUCUGAAGACUUAUCUCAGACCGAUGAGAGGGAUAACUCUACCUUUGCACCAGCAUCAAUUUCAGUGAUACUGGCGCUCCUGCCAGGAAACCCGAUCUACAAUAACCAUGGGAUGAGGUGUAUCCAAAUAAAUCUGCAACACGCGAAGGCUACCUCAGCAGUACUAAGCCACAGAUUUAAUAAGGAACAGCUCAAUAAAGCCUUUAUCCAGGAGCCUCACAUAGUAAAGGACCAGAUAAAAGCCCUAUCAGUACACCAACAAAGAUAUGGCAGCAGCUAUCAUCCAGCUACACACCUGGAAGGGCAAGUCAGAAGCUGUCAUAUGCUCAACCUACCUGGUGGAGUAUUCUGCCGACCUCAGCUUUACACCACUGUAGGAUCUAGUCGACUACUGUGGCAGAAUAGCCCGGCAAAUCCUCCUUAGUUCUGAUGCCAAAGCCCACCACACUCUAUGGGGCAGCUCCAACUUAUAAAAAGGGAAAAAACCUGAAUUAUUCUAAGCAACUUUAACCAUAAGAGCAAGUAGAGCUCUAAUUUCUCGUGUGGUGCGCAAAAUUUUAUGAAAAAAUGGCAGUAUGUUCGGUUUUAAAUUGCAAAAGCAAUAGCAAUAAAAAACAAAAAUAUUACGAUGAAAACACAAAAUUGUAUCGUUUUCCCAAAGAUAUAAAAAUGGCAAAAAUAUGGGAAAGUAAAUGCGGCAAAAAAUAUGAAAUUAAUUGGAAAACCGCUUUUAUUUGUUCAAAACAUUUCACGAGCGACCAUUAUAGACGAAAUUUAAAACAUGAACUUUUACAAUAUUGCCCCAAAAACU